GCCGCUGCUCAAAGCGUGCGUUCAGUGCGGGAUAGUAAACCUUCAGCGCUCCUCCGCUCCGAGCGCCGGAUCCUGACACACUCUGGAUCGUGACGCAUCAUCAUUCAUUUUAUUUCACAACCUUGGGUCAACUUCGGAACAGAAGCAAUCCGUGUGCAUUUUCUGUUUUCUUCCCUCUCUCUCUCUCUCUCUCUCUCUCUCUCUCUCACACACACACACACACACACACACACACAGACGUUGCUUUGUGCGAGUGGAAUCUACGAGCGCUUUGCUUGAUGAGAUACAAAAGGCACAAGUUUGCGCCUGUCAGCUGGAUUUAAACAGCUAUUCAACACAAUGGCUGAAUGAGUCAGACUCUAGACAUGGACCGAGCAACUCAGUGGUGACUUUAAGAGAAGAAACAUUACUGGGGAUUUGUUGGAAACACUUUCAAAUCAACAAGAUGGACUCGAUCGGGAACACCAUCCAGAACAACACUGCUGAAAUGGAGCGCAUGGCUGAAGUGCUCAUUACUGGAGAACAGUUGAGAUUGAGGCUCCAUGAGGGAAAAGUCAUCAAAGACCGAAGACACCAUCUCCGUACCUACCCCAACUGCUUUGUUGCUAAGGAGAUUAUCGAUUGGUUGAUUGAACACAAAGAAGCCUCAGACAGAGACAUGGCUAUCAAGAUUAUGCAGAAGCUCCUGGACCAGAGCAUCAUCCAUCAUGUUUGUGAUGAGCACAAGGAGUUCAAAGAUGUGAAGCUGUUUUACCGGUUCAGGAAAGAUGACGGAACAUUUCCUUUGGACAGCGAGGCUAAGGUUUUCAUGAGAGGCCAGAGGAUAUAUGAGAAACUGAUGAAUACAGAGAACAACCUGCUUAAGACCCGUGAGGAGGAGGGUGUUUCUCAUGAGCGGACACUGGUGGCCUCCGAGUUUAUUGACUGGCUCUUACAGGAGGGGGAAAUAGCUACCAGAGACGAGGCAGAGCAACUUGGCCAGAGACUCCUGGCCCAUGGAAUUAUUCAGCAUGUCACAAACAAACACCACUUUGCUGAUGGCGACCUUCAUUUUCAAUUCCGGAUGAAUUUCCGGCGGCGGCGGCGACUGAUGGAGCUGCUAAAUGAGAGAACUCCUUUGAUAUCAGAGAGCCACGACAGCCCGUUCUGUCUGCGUAAACAGAACGCGGAGAGCAGCAACAACAGCUUCCUUUCUGUGAGCCCCACUAAAGAGAUUAAGGUGGUGUCUGCAGUGAGGCGCAGCAGUAUGAGCAGUAGCUGUAGCAGCAGUGGUUAUUACAGCAGCAGUCCCACUCUCAGUAGCAGUCCUCCAGUGCUCUGUAACCCCAAAUCUGUGCUCAAGAGACAAGUAAACCCAGAGGAGCUGCAGACUCCAGGAGGUUCCUUUAUAAAGAAAACAUUCACUAUUGUAGGUGAUGCAGUGGGCUGGGGUUUUGUGGUCAGGGGAAACAAACCAUGCCACGUCCAGGCUGUUGAUCCUAGUGGACCUGCUGCAGCAGCAGGGAUGAAGGUGUGUCAGUUUGUGGUGUCGGUUAAUGGGCUGAAUGUGCUGAACCUGGACUACAGGACCGUCAGUAACCUCAUCCUCACAGGACCCCGGACCGUGGUCAUGGAAGUCAUGGAAGAGUGUCAGUGAAAGCUUUUGGUGGAAUCUUCAGAAGAAUGUCCUAUAGAAAGCCCGAGAUCCAGUCACGGACGUCAAUGUUUGUUCAGAAUUUAGGUUCAUUGACACUUCUUCCUGUUUGUGCAUCACAUCAAUCUCCAAGAGACUCAUUAUGAGGACGAUAUGGGAAAAAGGAAUUGUCAUGUCAUUGUAACAAACUGCAAACUGAAUCCAUUCCAAAACUUUUUUGUGUGUGUAGCAUUCAAAUGAUGACCAAGAGCUUCGGUCCGGCUUAAGUGAGGUUUAUGAGUAGUGGAGUGAGGCUAACAAUUACACACUGUUGUGUUGCAGUGCAGUCAUGCACGGCCAAAAAAGCGUCGAUUACACAGAUUUUCAGGGCUAAGUGUCAAUAGGUCAUAUAUUUAGACACCACAUAUCUUCUUUCAUUGGGAUUUUAAAGGGAUACGCUUUCCCUUGGCUAACAUCAGAAAUACAUCACAUUUAUUUUUGUUUAUUUUAUAAACUUUAAUGAAGAAAAAUGUUAACAUAUAUAAGAAUAGCACUUAUACUUGAUUCCUAAAUGUCUGUGAUUUUUGUAGUUAAACAGCGAACCCAUUUAAAACAUUGUCAUGAUGUAAUUAGUAGUUACACUGCAAAAAUGGUCAUUUAUCAAGUGAAAAUAUCUUGACUAUAUUAAAAUUGAUUUAGUAUUUUCUGUUUUAUCAAAGUAAACCACAUAAGAUUAUUAUAUCUGUUUCUAGGUAUCUGUUUUUUUAUUUUUAUUGUUGUUUUAUUUGGUUGGUUGGUUAAAAUUUUCACUCUAUAUUUUCUUAUUUUAUUAGCAGAUCAUGUGAUCAGCACACAGGGCAAAAAAUUUUUUUUUUUACUUUAAUAAUGAUAAAUCGGGUUUUGUAAUAAUUUAAUAGAAAUACUGUUUAAAUGUGGCUAUAUUCAACUAUAUCAUGAUAUUUCCACUUGCUGAGAUCUAAGUUUUUGCAGUGUAUUUACAAUAAUAGUGUUUGAUCGGUACCUGGAGGCACGUUUGUUUCUCCUUCUUUAUAAUGUGAAAAAUACAGUAGCAAGAAUGGUAACAUGUUUACUGUUAGGUUCCCAUAUUUAUUACAUUCAUAACACAGUAUAGAACACCUGUUAAGCUUAGAAUUGUUAACCCAAAUUGUUUUAACAAAAUAUUUAAAAUAACUUUUAAAUAUCAAUUUAAUUCCCCAUCAUAGACAAAUGUUUAUUCAAUUCAUGACUAAACAGAAAUUAGCGAAAAUAAAAAUAAAUACACAAUGUUAUUCAUUGUUGAAAUUUCGCUGAACGCUGGUUGCCAGCUCUCUGUUUUCAGCCUCAAUCCUAUACUGCUUUUUUGUACUUUUCACAAUUUUACUAGCCAACAUCCACUCACAUGGUCCAUGUUGCUAGCGUGAUUUUACUAAUACCAAAUUAAUGUUGGUUAAUUGACCGAUUUUUGGUUGUCACUUGACAGGUUUUUUUUUUUAAGUAUAGUGGAUCAAUGCUAAAAGCAAACAUUAACUUGCUUGUAAUGCAUUCAAUAUUGUUCAUUUAGAAAAUCUAAAAGAAUUACCUCAAUGAUCAUAUUGCGCUAACAAUAUAUGAUAGCCAUAUUGUCUUACAUUGUCUAAAACAAUAUAGUAAUUUUGUAUUUGAUGUCACUAAACAAAGAAUGCAAGUUUAACCUUCGAAGAAACGCACAAUUUUUAAGAAAUUAUUGUAAUGUUCAGGAAAUAAAGAGUGAAGUUUAAAUUAAGUAAAGUACAUGAGAUUAGAUUUCUUACAAUUGAGAAAAAAAAAAAAAAAACACAGGAUAAAUAAGCACUUAUUCCACAUCUUUAAUGAUGUUCCUAGAUUCAUGUAUGACACACGAUGGCCGUUUUGGUUUUACAAACCUCAGUGAAUCUCCCAGUGUUUUUGCCUUAACACCAUUUAACUUGCUGCUAAUUCUUAUGGCUGGUUAUCACCUAACACCUGAACGUGGACAGUUUUUUUUUUUUUUUUUUUUGUCUUAAGAGCUGUCUGUGAUGUAUGUGUUUAACUGAUUCUUACUGACAAUCAGCUUUAUAUUUCUUUGUAUUUGUAUAAAAGCGCUCUAUUUACCAUGUUUUUUGGCACAUAGGGGGGACAAACAGAGAAGCAGCUGAUAUAAUGAUGAACCGUAGCAUCUCACACAAAACAGAUUGACAGAUACAGCAUAGCAAAUGCUUACACACUAGAAAUCCAUCUGCCUAUGUGAGAGAUUAUAAUAAGCUGAAGGUACCACAUACAGUAUGUAUUUUGAAAAGUCAUGCCAUGUCUGUUGAAAUGUUUUAUUAAACACAAUGAUUUAAACAAA